CCACGCUUAGAAUUUGGAAUGAUGAACAUGGCCAGAGCAAGGACAGGAGGUUAGCAAUGUUAAGCUUGGAGGUGAAAUCAACUAAGUAAUUCUUUCUAAGAAACCAGCAUCAGGCAAUAGAAGAAGUAUGGCCAAGCAAUCCAAGAGUGAAGCUCACAAGUUUGGUGCUUUGUUGGCCAAAAAACAAAUCAAAGUGAAAGCAUCCAUGUCUCACGAAGCUAAAAUGCCUAAGGAAAAUGAAGAUAAGGUAGUUUCAUCCAAGGCAAAGGAGGGCAAGAAUGUGGAGACUUUAAUGAAGAACAUGAAGGAGGCUCCGGUGAAGAACAUGGAGGAGGCUUCGAUGAAGAAUAUGAACAAAGCUCUGGCGAAGCCUACGGUCUGCUACAAGAUCAUUGUUGGUGAAGCAAAUGAGCCUUUGCUACUUGAUAGCAUAGUUGGCUUGAUUGAUGAUAUCUUUGAUUGAAUGAUUUCGCAUCAUUUGCAACUAAAGUGCAAUGACAAAAGAACAAAGGCACGUGCAGCUCAAAACUUUUGCCUUUGGUAUAGAUGUAGACAAGAGGAGAAUAGGAAACUUGAAUCUUGGACGUUGAACACAUGGUGCGAACACUAUGAAUCAUGUGUCGAUACUAACACCUGUGUUAGGUUCAUACCCUUCCUUUUGAAUAAAAUUGCAGAACUGGU